AUGGAUCCAGAAGACUCUAGUGAGUUUGAGGAGGACGAAGAAGAAGAAGAAGAAGAUGAUGACUUGAUGCUAUUCAUCUUACCAGCACUAUAUCUAGCAUCUACUGGAAUUGGAACUCUGGAUCAAAGAUCGAUGGUUAGUGAUGGUACUGCAAUUGAAACUCCAAGUCAAGUAUCAAAGUUUAAUGAUGCAGAAUGGAUUUGUAAAGUGCUCGAAGAUGACCGAGGCCAAGGCUAUGAUAAACUUCGUGUGGAGCCACAUAUUCUCCUAGAACUUUCGCGCUAUCUGAGGUCAAAUGAUCUUUUGAGAAAUACCAGAGGUGUUUCUGUGGAAGAGAAAAUUGGCAUGUUUAUUUACAUGCUAUCUCGAAAUGCUAGUUUUCAGAAACUAAAUGACAGAUUCAAGUACAGUACAGAAACUAUUCAUAGACAUAUCAAAGUAUGCUUUGAUGCAGUCACACCAAUGACUGCUGAAUUCGUCAAGCCACCUUUAAUUCAAGCCCACCGGAAAAUAUCAUCUGAUACACGUUAUGGGCCUUACUUUGAGAACUGUAUUGGAGCAAUUGAUGGAAUUCAUGUCCCUAUGACAAUAUCAGACAGCGAAGCAGCUCCAUACCGAAAUAGACAAGAAUCCCUUUCACAAAACGUGAUGCUUGCUUGUGAUUUUGAUUUGAAUUUCGUCUAUGUUUCUUGUAGCCGAGAAGGGUCUGCAUCUGAUGCAGCAGUCUUAUACUCUGCUAUAGAAUCUGGAUUUGAAGUCCCAAGAGGAAAGUACUACCUGGUUGACGGGGGUUAUGCGAACACGCCAUCUUUUCUUGCUCCUUAUAAUGAAGUCCCUUACCAUACUGAAGAGCAAGAUGAGAGCAAUUUCCAACCAAUGGACUACAGAGAGCUUUUCAAUCUUCGUCAUGCACAGCUGCACAGACAUAUUAAGCGUGCUGUAGGCCUACUGAAGAUGCGAUUUCCAAUUCUAAAUGUCGCAACAUCAUACCGAAAAGACACUCAACUGAAAAUUCCUUCAGCAGCAGUUGUUCUACAUAACAUAAUUCAGAGACAAGGAGGUAAUGAAGAGUUGUUAUGUGAGCAAACAAUCCCAUUUGCUUCCCAUAAAACAGUGAAUCUUCCUAGUGGUGAUGAUACAUAUGGUUACGAUGUUUCAGCUUUCAACAGUGAAUGUGACAUGGGUAAUGCUUUGAGAGAUGGUAUUGCACUGAGGAUGUGGGCAGAUUAUGAAAGUAGCAUGUGUCUGAUUUCAGAAUAG